AUGUUGUCCGCCUUUCUCGUGAGUCCCCUCACUCUCUCCACACCCAAGGUUCAUGGUAAAUCCACUAUUCAGGCUGCUGCGGUUGUAUCCAUCGUCAUUGGUUUCACCACCGAUGGCACAUCACAAAUUACGACCAGCGCAAUCCCAGGCAUCACAGGCUGCUACCAGACCUUGACCAACCACAGCUUCAUACAAUUUCUUGUUGUGUUUGUAUUACAACUAGGACUCAUCUCCCUCACGCUCAUACGUGCCAUACAGAGCUGGCGGAUGAACAACGGCCCUCUGCACGCCAUCCUGGUCAAGCAUAACAUAUUCUACUAUGCAUCUGGAUUGUUUCUCUCGGUCAUCAACCUCUUCAUAUUCGCGUUGUUCUACAAUUCCGCAUAUCACUCCCUCCUCAAAGAUUCUCAGUUCUUGAUCCUUGCAAUCCUCGCCACGCGCAUGCACCUUCAUAUUUGGCAGAUCGACCGGGAUGCACACGACUCUGAUGCCACUGGGGUGAUCUGUUUGUCUGAUAUGGUCAUUGCGGAUCCUAUGGCUUAUUCGGCGCCGUUUGUUGAGUGA